CCGUCCGCGUGUGUAUUAGAAACAGCUGGAACUAUUUACAAAAUGACAUAAUCUUUAGUAGUAGUUAGCAAUAUUUCAAGUGGUGGAAGAUUCAUAAUUUGUUCUCACCAAAAUUUGACUUUCUCAGCUUAUCAUUGAUCAUCAUCCAAAAUUAGGACAAUAUAAUUAAACAAUUCUUUUAAUCUACAUAUUCUUUAAUUAUAGCUUCUAUGUCGUGCAUACUUCAAAUUCAUGUCUGCAGCACUAUAAUAUAUAUAGAGAGAGUGAGAGAGGGAGAGAGAGGUUAGUGAGAGAAGAUGAACAAAAUGGAUGUCGUCGGAGCAUCGAAAAUCAGAUACAAAUCCCAUUACUUGGUUGCUCUCUUCCUCACAUCUUUUAUCGUCGUCGCUCUUUUUCUCACCGGCGAAAAUGGAAGCAUUCUCCAAGAGCGGGAAUCUCGAAAAGCAAGCUAUCUGCCGCCGUCGCCGGCGGCGGAGAACAAGUACGAGGAGGAGCAAAGUGGUGGUAAUGAAACUGCGGCGAGCUGCGAUUUGUUUGCCGGAAAAUGGAUUUACGACGAGGCGGCGCGUGCAACGUAUGAGGACGGAGAAUGCUCUUUCAUGAUGGGGGAUUAUGCUUGUGAGAAGUAUGGUAGAAAGGAUUUGAGAUAUCGGAAUUGGAGAUGGCAGCCCCAUCGUUGUGAUCUUCCGAGAUUCGAUGGUACGGCGCUAUUGGAGAAAAUACGGGGGAAGAGGCUAGUGUUUGUGGGGGAUUCGUUAAAUAGAAAUCAAUGGACGUCGAUGCUAUGCCUGAUCGAGUCUUCAAUCAAUCAAUCGUCUCAUGGAUCGGUUAUCAGAAAAGAUAAUUUAUUUGUAUUUGAGGCUAUGGAAUACAAUGCAACGAUCGAGUUUUAUUGGUCGCCAUUGCUCGUCGAAUCUAAUUGCGAUCAUCCUUUCGCACACAGAGUGAGUGAUCGUGUGGUUAGAAUAUCAUCAAUUGAAAAGCAUGCUAGGCAUUGGAAUGAUGCAGACAUAGUUGUCUUCGAUUCUUAUAUGUGGUGGAUUAUGCCAAGCAUGACAAUCUUAUGGGGAUCCUUUGAAAGCUCGGAUGCAAUCUACAAGAAAGUCCAAAUGCACUUGCGUUUGUAUGAAAUGGCUCUGAACACGUGGUCGGAUUGGUUGGAGGUCAACAUUAAUCGAACCAAAACUAAAUUGUUCUUCAUGAGCCCCUCACCCACUCAUACCUACGGCGAAAGAUGGGACGUGCAACAACAUUGCUACAACCAAAGUGAGCCAAUUUUGAAGGAGGGAUAUUGGGGAGUUAUGUCAGAUCGCAGGAUGAUGCACAUAGUUGAAUCAGCCAUAGAAAAGCUUGACAAGAGAGGAGUGAGAGUCCAAUACCUAAAUAUAACACAUUUAUCCGAUUAUAGAAAAGAUGCUCAUCCAUCCAUUUAUAAGCAAUUUUAUGGAUCUUUAAGUGAAACGCAACUAGCUGACCCCAAAAGCUAUGCAGAUUGUCUGCAUUGGUGUCUGCCGGGACUGCCAGACGUUUGGAAUCAGAUUCUGUAUUCUUACAUUAUGAACUCGUGAUCAUACAUUUAUUCGAAAGAUUUGGAAUAUUGGGUUAAAAAAGAUAGUAGAUUUCGAGGAA